GUUAAAACCCACUAAUUCUUUUUUUGAUAUGGGGAUUUUAUCCUAAUUCUAUAUGCAAUAAACCAAUACUUGUAAACCUUAAUAAUUUCUUUUUAAAAAUAAAAUUCUAAAACAAAGAGGAAGUACUAGAAAAAUGUAACAUCAUUUAGAGAGAAAAAGCAAGCAAAUAGGCAAAAUAGUGUUUGAAGUGUUACUGGUACACCAACAACAACUAAUUGGAUAGUGAUGCUACAAGAACAGGGCUCUCUUCCCAUGGCUUACUGUCUCUGUAUUUGUCUCUUUCUGCAUCAUGGAAUUUGAGUCUCCCAAUGCACACCACCUUCAACAGUCUCACUGUUUUGCAUUGUUGCCUCCAAACUAGUACUGAUAGUAUAAAGCAUUGAUUAAUUUAGCCAGCUGCCUACAUCUAUAUAAGUUGCCAAAUGCACCACUCCUCUUCCAGCGGUGGUAUUCGAGGUGAGCAAAUUCUCUGCUGAGAUUGAUUCAGCUGCAUUUUGAAAGAUUUUGAAACACAAGAAGCAGGAGAUAUUCGAGGAAAAGUUUUUUCAACAUGAUGGGGUUGAAAGAAAGGAUGUCAUGGGUGAAUCAUUGUGGGAAGAAGCAGUGCAGAAGCCUUUUCUGGAGGAUGAAAGCAGCAGUGAAGAAAGCUGUGAAGAAGACAAAUGUUGGUGGUGGAAGUAGCAGAGGCAAACAGCAGUCAAAAUUUCAGUAUGAUCCUUCCAGUUAUGCCCUUAACUUUGAUGAUGGUUGUUAUGAUAUGGGAGAGAAAGCCAGUGUUACAUUCGACCAGAAGCAGCAGAAGAAGACAGACUCUAAACUCCACAAUUCUUCCAAAACAACCACUUUGAUUUAUAUAAUAUGGGUGGAGUCUUAACACUUGAGGCCAUCUGUAUUCAUCUAAUACCUAGCAUACCUCUUACAAUUGUUCAAUAUUGCUCUUCAACAUUACUAAAACUACUGUUUAGUUAAUGUAUUUAAAUUGGCAGGGAGUAGGGACCUUAACUUCAUCUUUAUGCAAACAUAUGGUCAUCAUUAUCUUCUUUUAGAACUAUAUGAUUCAUAUUUCACAUAUGUAGCCGUAAUUUCCGACGGAACUA